AUGGACAAUAACAGUUUUUCGCAUUUAAACAUUGAUUUAAACUCGUUUCCUAACAGUUUUCUUGACAAUUUUGAGAACGAUAAUUCUGACUUAAAGUUGCAUAACAUACAUCCUAUUAAUAAUAUAGACCACAACCACCUAAAGAAAUCGGUAGCAGAGAGUUAUGCCAGGAUUUCCAGGUGUUUCGGCUCUCAGGAAACCCUCAAGAUGUCGAUCGAACGCAACAUGUGCUCCCAGGCAACCAGGCUUCCUGGGAUGAAGAGCAGCAUGCUCUCACUUGAGAUUUUAAUGGAUGAGCUGGACACUUUACACAAUUAUGACUACAUGAACGACGAGAAGCCAUCCAACGAGUUUGGAUUGGGUGGAAUCCAUUCACACAUUGAGAACAAGAUGAACCUGUGA